UAAAAUCUCCGAUAUUCGUUCUCAACUCAAGAGAGUUAUUCCCUUAAACCCUAGCCUCUCUCGACCAAUGGAGAUGAACGCUCCGGCGAAGGAUCAAGGUUUUAAAGAGCAAUUCAUGAAUAAAAAUCGACUACAGGAGUUUGCCCAAAAGUCAAGAUUACCUCUGCCAGUUUAUCGCACUGAAAAUGAAGGGUAUCAACAUACACCACUGUUCAGAUCUUCUGUUACAGUUGAUGGGAUAACAUUCACAUCUCCUAAUACAUUUCUUCAAAGAAAAGCAGCUGAGCAGGACGCGGCGAAACUUGCUCUUGAAAGCUUAUCUCGAAAGAUUGAUAUCUCUUCAAUUCUUGAGGAUGCAACAUUUGCCAAAUCUAUGCUUCAUGAGUAUGCUAUGAAAAUGAGUUUGGAAAAACCAACUUACCAAACUUCUCAAGCAACAGGAAGUAUUCAUCCAAUGUUUAUCUCAUCAACGAUUUUCAAUGGGCAAACAUAUACUGGAGAUCCUGGAAGAAACAAGAAAGAAGCAGAACAAAUGGCCGCACGUGCUGCUAUUAAGUCCAUUUUAGCUAAUUCUGACUCACAGAGCCCUAUGCUUGAAGUUAUAAGAUCAAAGAAAAAGUUGUGUGCUGCAUUCUUCAAAAGCAACUCUUCUGAUUUGAGGUCUGAAAGAAUUGUGCCCCCAAUAAGCCACUGUCAGAUCAAUCCCAGUUAUGUGGUUAGUGAAAAAGAACCAUUGAUGAAUUCUAAUAGCAAGUUACCCGAGAUUAUGUGCUCAGGGGACGAGCAAAUUGCCAAAGCUAAUGCAGCAGAAACAUUUAGUCCUGAAGCUAAGAAAUACGAAGAGGAACAUACAUGUGAACUGAUUAUUGGACUAGCGGAAAGAGGCGGUUCUCACAAACUCCCUGCUGAAACUGUUCCAUUGGCAGCAACUACAAGCAGCAAAUUCAGUUCCUCGGACGGGGAGCAAUUUGGGUCAUAUAUUAGACCUGAGAACUCUUCGGGUGUCAUUCUUGCUAGUGGAAUGAAACGAACAGAAACCACAGAGAUUGAAGGCAACGAGCCUAAAAGAACAAGGGCACUGAUCCCACCUGGAAAUGCUGAGCAUUCACCAGAAGAUGCUUGACUAUGAGCGUUCAUGCUCACAUGGAGCCAUUUAAGUUCUGGCGUGCCGGUAGAUAGUAUAGCUAUGAUGGUAGGGUUUGUCUUUGUAGGAUUGUCCAUGGGCUGUCUGGUUGACCGUAAUCUUCAGCAGUUUCGUGGGAUUUCUGUGAUUCGGCUGUUGUCGAAGACGCAAACAUGACAUUGAACAUCACAAAUUUUGUAAAAUGUUGUUUUCGGUUUAACUAUAUCAAGGUUUGACUUUUUUUUUUUGUUGAGAACUUACAUAAACCAAUGAAAGAUAUACUCUGAUAUGAUGUUACUUAGCAUAUGAGUUACAUGAGGCACCCUUCGAAGA